UGGAAUGUGAGGAGGGCGACGGCGGCGGCAGAGGUGGCGGCCAAGCCAGAAGAUGGCCAAGGAGCGGUGUCUUAAAAAGUCCUUUCAGGAUAGUCUUGAAGACAUAAAGAAACGAAUGAAAGAGAAAAGGAAUAAAAAUUUGUCACAGAUUGGCAAACGCAAGUCUUUUGUAGUUGCGCCAUGCCAGAUAACCAGCAACACUUCCACACUGCUGAAAAAUUAUCAGGACAACAAUAGAAUGUUAGUUUUGGCUUUGGAAAAUGAAAAAUCCAAAGUGAAAGAAGCCCAAGAUAUCAUCCUACAGCUAAGAAAAGAAUGUUACUACCUAGCAUGUCAGCUAUAUGCAUUGAAAGAAAAAUUUACUUCACGUCAAACAGAAGAACCUGCUCAGAACCAGGAAGUGUGUCCCUAUGGAAUGGACUCUAAUGAUGAUGACAGCUCUGGGGAAUUAUCUGUGAAGAAUUUACCGCAAAUUCCUCUUCAGGAAGCUGACCUUCCAGGACAAGGAGAAUCAUUCCAAGUAGAAGAGCAGGUACCUGCUGUUCCUCAUGAAAGACUGAGAUUUGAUUUUGAUUCAGGUGAAGAUAAGUCUCCUGAUAAUGGCUUACCUAGAACUGUAUCUGUCCGUCGAGGUUUAAAGAGACAUUUUAACAAUCUGUGUCAGUUCGAUACCUUGGGUGACUUUGAAAGCAGUUAUUUGCCAGGAGAAUCUUUUGAAUGGGAAAGAAUUAGAUUUGCAGACCCACUAAUAAGUAUAAACCUACCUGAAAAUGUAGAAAAAGAUGUUUGUCAAUGGAACAAGGACCAAAUUAACUUAUCCCCAAAGCUGACUCACCCAGGAAGCCUUACUAUAACAAAAGAAGUCAUUUUAGAGUCUAAAUCUGAACAAACUAAAACUAAGAAUAGAAAUGCACGAAGAACAAAAAGAGAAGAAAACAGAAAAGCUAGCAGAAGGAGAAAAUCAAAGUCCAUAACUAGAAGUAAAGGGAGCAAAAGUGAAAAUAAAAAAACUGUUCCCCCACAAAAUUUGGAUGAGUCGGUCGGUUCCAGUGAUGCUUACAAUUUUAAUUUGGAAGAGGGUGUUCAUCUCACUCCUUUCCGACAAAAUACAGCAAGCAAUGAUUCUACGAGAAAAGAAAGCAACAGUGAGUCUGACGUGAGCGUCUGUGAGUCAAGUGAUUCAGGAGAUGACUCAGAUGAUUUCUAUUUGCCUUCUAAAAACAUUUGCAAGAACCUUCAAAAUCUCGACAUCAAACCAGAUAGGAGCCCCAUCACCAGGUGUCGAUCUAAAAUGGCUCCAAAAUGUAUGGAUGAAAAAGAGAUGGAGAGUUCCAAGCCAUCUGAAACUCCUACCAGUGCACCACUUAAAAAUCACCAGUCACCGCAUCAUAGUCUGAAGGAUAUCACCAAUGUUUCCUUGACUCCUAUAAUAAGAGUCAGAAAACUUUCUCUUUCUCCAAAAAAGAAUAAAGGAAGCCCAGCAGCAUCUCUGCCUAAGCGCAGGUGCACUGUCAGUGUGAACUAUAAGGAACCCACACUCUCUUCGAAACUAAGAAGAGGGGACCGUUUUACAGAUUUGUGUUUCUUGCAUUCUCCUGUUUUCAAGCAAAAAAAGGACUCCAGACACAGUUCUAAAAAAAAAAAACAUUAACCAAAUAUAAUGAAACUUCCGUUAGAUGGUGAUGGAAAUUAACCCUACACUCCCGUCUGUCGCUUAUGAGAUAGUAUGUAAGGUAGUACACUAGUGGGUUGAAAUAUUGCCAUAGACUAUUCUUUUGACAGUACUCUAGAUCAUGAAAAUUUCUUCAAAAUUAUACUUAAAAUUUAAUAAAUUUAGGUUUAUUUUUUUCUUUUAAAUAUAAAUAACUGGACUUAAGCACUAUAAUAGUUUAGAUUUCUUAUACUGCCUAAAACCUUUCAUUUUAGCCAAAAUGUAUCUUACUUGGAAAUUAAUGGUGGUUAUUUAAAUUAAGAUAUUUUAAUUAUAAGCUUUUGGCAUCUUUAUUUUUCCCUUAAGUAGGGAAUACUAGAGUGAAUUAUUUUUGAAAACAGGUUGAGGAUCUUUUGAAAUUCCUUAUUAUAAUAUUUGAAUAAAGUAAAUCCUUUACAUUGACAGUAGGGUAUACCCUAAAUUGUUUAUGGAUCCCUUAUACCACUGUUGUAUUUAAUUUGUCAGAUAAAAUGUGUGUGAGAUUAUGAUUAGAGAAUUUAUGGUUGAUUAGGCUCAGGAACUAGCUAUGUGGCUAGCUCGGAACUCCCAGCUCUAAGUGCAUUCAAAGUGUUGCCUCAGCAAAAUCACAGACUAUGUCAUGUACUUCCAGGAAAGUGCCUUAUUUAGUAAAAAACCUCAAAUGUUAAAUGUGCGAAUACCAAGGGCUUUUUAUAUUAGCUUUUUGAUGAACCAGUGAGAGGGAAUUAGUUCAGUUCACUUUAUUUCUAUAAACUUCUAAAGAACAGUGAAGUUUUGUAUUAAGAUUGUGCUUGUGUUUUUCUUUGGUGUUUUAAAUACCGAAGAAGGACUGUCUCUCUGGGUGUCUUACUUUCUACUCGCCACUAUCCUCAUCCUUGGACAUUCCUAUAUCGUUCUCCUCAGUAUUCUCUGUAGUCAUUGCCAUGAAACUCUCAGCGUCCCCUCCGCAUUCUCAACCUAACACUUCUUUCUUUCAAACUUUUCAUUGUGGAAUGUCCAGGUCCAUGAUCAACAAAUUCUAAUUUUACUGGGUGACCCUUCAAUCCUGACCUCAGUUUUCCUUAACUGCAUCUUCAUAUCUUUCUGCAUUCUACCUCACUCACACCCAGAAUCCUUUUCAUCAGUCAAAAUUUUCUGUUUCCUAAAUCACUGAUUCAUAUACCCUACUUUCCCAUCACAGUCUCUUAUUCUUCCAUUUUGCUUGUUCAACUACUCCUCUUACACCUGUUUUUUAAAUUUAUGGAAACUCUAGAGUAGCUGUCUUAAUUUAAAUUAAUUAAAAUGAAAUAAAAUUUGAAAUUCAACUCCUCAGUGGCUAGUGGUUACCAUAUUGGAUAGUGCAGAUGUAGAACAAAGUUCAUUGGACUGCUGCAUGCUCUAGAUCAGCAGUCAGCAAACUAAAAAGUCUAUGGACCAAACCCAGCCUGCUGCCUAUGUUUGUAUGUCAGCAAGCUAAGAAUGGUGUUUUCAGUUUUACAUGGUUGAAAAAUAAUCAUAUACUUGCAAUUGAUUUUGAUGAUAGCAAACACAGGUAAUUUUGAACCCCAAUAAAGUACCUACAUAAUAACUCUGAUUUUGCUUCUUGGCUUGUAAAGCAUAAAAUAGUUACUUUCUGGCCCUUCACGGAAAAAGUUUGCCAACUCCUCUGCUAGACCAUUGACUAGGUUUACUUUUGCUUUAUAGGCUAUUCUCUUCUGACACUUUCUGAUCAACUUUGAUACUCACCUUCCUUUUGUCCUCAUUGUCAAGCAUUUUCCUAAAUUUGGUGUUAAUGUUUUUGUAUAUUAAUGUUUAUGUAUUUCUGCUGUUGUGUCCGUAGACUGUUAAGUAUUGCUUUGUAUUUUAACAUUUUACAUCAAUGUUGUAUUGUACAUAUAGCAACAGGCUUUUAACUCAACAUUGUUUUUGAGAUUUGUCCCAUGUUGGCUGAUGUAGAUUAUUUUCAUCGUUGUAUUUUGUUUUGUAAAUAAACCAGAAUAAAUCAGUUAUUCUUUUGAGAGACAAUUUGUUUCCACUUUUUCAUUGUUGCAAAUUAGUGCUGCAGUGAACCUUCUGCAACCAUGUACCCAGGUGUGUAAGUUUCCAUGGAGUUAAUAUCUAGAAGAGUUGCACAGUUAUAGAGUAUAUUGAAAUUUAACUUUACUAUGGGUUACCAAAUUGCUGUCUGAAAGUGGUUGUACCAAUUCUGGCACAAGGAAUGUACCAUUCUCUUAACAGCAAUAUAAAUCCCAGUCUUCCCACACACUGUCCAUCACUUGGUGUUAUUGGACACUAAAAUGUGCCAAACCAAUGAGUAUGAAAUGUUUCUUGCUUUUCUCCCUUCUGCUGGUGGUGACUCCGGAUUCCCCUCCACACCAUCUCUGGGUUCCGCGCGCCCUUCUCCGCCCA